AUGACUGACCACAGGCCUCUGGUUCCAAUACUGAACCACUACACCCUAGAUGCCAUAGAGAACCCCUGCCUCCAGCGUCUCAAGGAGAAGCUCUCACCUUACAUGUUCACAGCUGUGUGGCGGGCUGGUAAACACCUCUGCAUCCCUGACGCACUGUCCAGAGCCCCAGUUGACCACCCCACACCUGAGGAUGAAAACAUCUGUGCUGACAUCACGGCCCACCUUCAAGCUCUCAUUAGCAUCAACACCGUCAGCGCUGUCACAGCAGCAGACCCUUUACGCCAGGACGCUGAUCGGACCCUACAAGAGCUUCGGAGCACUGCAAUUAAGGACCCCACGUACUCUCAGCUCCUACACCUCUCUGCUGACGGAGAGCUCGUCCUGUAUGGGCAGCGAGUUGUGGUUCCUGCCGCCCUCUGCCGCCACACCCUGGCUCGUCUCCAUGAUAACCAUAGAGGUGUGGAGUCCACUAAGCGACGGGCACAGCAGACUGUCUUUUGGCCGGGCAUCGAUUCUGACAUCCGCAACACUGUACAAGCCUGCAAGUCAUGCCAAAUCCUCCUGCCCAGCCAGCAACAAGAACCUCUGAUGUCGGAUGACCACCCAAACAGGCCCUUUGAAUCAGUCUUUGCAGACUUCUUCUCGGUGGCAGGGAAGUCCUUCCUAGUAAUUGCGGACCGACUCUCAGGGUGGCCUGUCGUCAUUCCUUGUGGUCAUGACACAACCACUCUCCACACUAUCCGGAUGUUCUGCCGGUUCUUCAGGGAAGUUGGUGUUCCCCUCUGCCUCUGCACAGACGGCGGACCCCAGUUCACUAGCUCGGACUUCCGGAAGUUCAUGGAGCGUUGA